AUGGCGUCGGCGGCCUGUCAAAGACAUGUCGCUGACGGGGACGCGCAGGGCCCAAUGUUCGGUGACGGUGCCAUGCUGGUCCAGCUGCUGCCGCAGGGAUGGGAGCCCCAAGCGCUUGGACCGGAGAGAGAUGGUCGAUUCUGGCGGCACUGCUAUUGGUUGCACAAGUCGGCGCCCUGGAAGAAGUUGAUCUCUGCUUGGGCCGAAGACCAUCGUCUUCUGGCAGGUGGGCUAUGCUUACGAGAUUCCGAGGGUCGCGAAGUGCCACUGGAUCAGACUCCUGACAUGGACGCAUCCGGGCCCGAUGCUGCGACAGAAAUGGCGGUUGUGUUGAGGGAAGGUGCAACUUCGGAGGAAAUUGGUCGUUGGGAGGCGGCUGCGAAGCACCAGUGUGAGCCGAGGGCUCCACCCGAUGGCACCCAGCGUGUGCGCAUCACUGCAUGGCGAGACGACCGUCAGAAUGCCUCGACCUCCUUGACCUUCUGCGUGCCGCCAGACAUAGCCUUGCGUGGCCUGAUGGUGGAGUGGUGCAGCAGGCAAGGCCUCUCUUUGGAGGAUGUUUGCUUCAAGGCAGAAGCUGGCGGUGAAAUCACGAGUGCAGAUACGCUGAAAAGCUUGGCACCAGAUGAGGAUUUACCCAGAGCCGAGAUGUUUGACAUCCGGGCUGAUCCGAGAAGUGAUCGACCUGCAAAAACACAAUCUGUGCAGCUACCUGACAUGUAUCUGGCAUCGCAGCCGCAGCACAGCGCAGCCCCAGCUGCGGAGUCUGCCUCCAAGCCGUCAGCUGCACAGCCUCCUAGUAAAUCUGCUGCGCCGCGUGUGCAAGUCCGAAUCGCAGCGCACGGUAUUUUGAGCGAGCGGCUGAAGCCGUCUUCAGAGCAAGCCGGUUUGAGCUUUUGGACGAAGAUGCUUGCCCCCAUCGGCAAAGUCACAGCCGCGUGGUGCAGACACCACGGCUUGACACAAGACUCCAUUUUCGUUUCCUACAAUGGAAAGCCAUUACAGGCCGGUGACACCCCUGCGACGCAUGGUUGGUCACCGAAUACAGAGGUAAUCCUGGAAGCAUUGCAUGUGAGCGAUCCGCGGGUGAUGCAGGUCAUGGAGCCGCGGCUGCCACAGCCGCCGCGGCCGCCGCAGCCACCGCAGCCACCACAGCCACAUCCGACAACGAAUCCAUCUCCUGCGAAACCAGUGGAGUCGGAGCGACCGGGCGGCCGUGCUUUGCUGAAGGUUUAUGACGAGGUGGAGUGCUUCGAGUUCUGGAUGCGACCAACCACGACCUUUGAGAGGAUGAUGAAAGCCUGGCGGGAGCAGCGCAAGCUGGAGCCAGCACGGAAUGUCAGGUUUCAGCUCAUGGAAGGCGAAGGGCUGCGCGCAGGAGAUCUCGCAGCCAAUGAGACGCCGGCCCUCAGGGGCUGGUCCCCAACCACGGGCGGGGUGAUCAUGGUGCGAGCCCAUGCAGCAGAAAGCCCUGUCGAUCCGAAUCGCAGCAUGUCCGUCAAAGUCGAAGCGGACAGCCCAAACGGAGUGAACGAGGUCAAGUUCAACAUGCGCUUGUCUGCGCCUUUGGGGAAGAUGAUGAAGGCGUGGUGUGGGCAUCACGGUCUUCCUCUAGAGAAAGCCACGUUCAUGUUCCAGCAACGGGUCUUGACACCAGAGGACACCCUGCAGUCCUUGGGCUGCACGUCCGGGGAGGUGGUCUUCAAAGCCGUCCCCAGUGAGGCCAAGGCCAGGGAGGAAGGCAUGGAGGCGAAGACUGAGGCGAAG